AUGAAGGCAGUGGCCCCAGAAGAAUGGCAGAGUGUGGACGAGCAAAUUAUUCCUUUCAAGGGGCGCUCACCGCUAAAGCAGUGCAUGAAAUCGAAGCCCCACAAUUGGGGCUAUAAGGUGUUCACAAGGGCAGGUUUCUCCAGAAUUAUGCACGACUUCAUCAUCUAUGAAGGUAAAGGUACUACUCAUGACAAUGGAUUCGGCAUCUCUGGUGAUAUAGUCAUCGAUCUGGUGAAAGAUCUUCCGGAAAACAGGAACCACAAGUUAUUUUUUGAUAACUGGUUCAGCAGUCUGCGCCCGGUAGACGAGUUGAAGUGCAAAGGAUUUCUGAGUGCUGGUACCGUUAGAGUCGACAGGACGGAGAAGUGUCCGCUGGCACCUGACUCAACUCUCAAGGCGCAAGGAAGAGGCUCGGUAAAUUUUUGCGUGGACGAGGACUCUAACAUUGGAGUCAUCAAAUGGUUUGACAGCAACUCCGUACACCUCGUGUCAAGCUACGCUGGUGUCCAACCAACCGACCUUUGCAAGCGGUGGAACAGCAAAGAAAAGCGCAGCAUUGAUGUUCCACGCCCUUUAACCGUAAAGGAGUACAAUGCCUUCAUGGGACGUGUUGAUCUCGCCGACAUGCUUAUUGAGCUGUACCGCACAGACCACAAAUCGAAAAGAUGGUACAUGCGCAUUUUUUACCGGAUGAUGGAUGAUUCAAUUGUCAAUGGGUGGCUCCUGUAUGAACGCCACUGUGCCCAGCUAUCUAUCAAAAGAAGGUUGUCUCUGCUAGCUUUUCGAAUGCAGAUUGCCCAAACCCUUGCACAUCUGAAGUCAAAUCCUUUGAAAAGAAGGUCAGGUUUGGCUGCUGAAGCUGGAAUCGUGCCCGCCAAACACUUGAUCCAUUCUCCGGUGACACUGAGGCCUACAGUGGACGUGAGGUACGAUGGCAUGAACCACUGGCCACAGUACGGCGAAAAAAAGAACCGAUGCAAGUUCUGCAAGUUCGGCUACACGUUUCUGUACUGUGCUAAGUGCAACAUGCACUUGUGCCUCCUUCCAAGCCGGAACUGCUUCAAGGCAUUCCACGUGAAGUAG